AUGUCCAGAUCGGCCAACCAGAGACUAAGGAAUAGUGGACCCACCUUGGCAUCAACGACUUCCCAUGAACGCUUCACUCCAUCUGGGAACCAGACCAACCCUACCUAUGUCUACCUAAUCCCGUACCCACGCGCAACGCCCACGUACACCCCAGACGAUUUGAGAAUCAGAUGCUUCACGGCCAGAGGCGCCCAGUUCGAUAACCGGCGACGACGGGCGCAACCCCAGCUUGUCCAACAGCCAGAUUCCAGAAUCCCAUCCCAUCCCACCCACACCCACUUGGGCGAGCGGUCCAUUAUCACGAAUCAUCUGAGCAUCGCUUCAGAUCAUCGGUUACAACCCUCCUGCUUUCCAUCUGCCGCGCGCCGCGGCUACCACUUGUCGCCCUAG